GUGGUACCAUGGCAAGCUAGACCGAACCAUCGCAGAGGAGCGUUUACGCCAGGCCCGGAACCCUGGCAGCUACCUCAUCAGGGAGAGUGACCGCCGGCCCGGUUCCUUUGUCCUGUCUUUUCUCAGUGUGACCAAUGUGGUCAACCAUUUCAGGAUAAUCGCCAUGUGUGGGGACUAUUACAUUGGUGGUCGGCGGUUCUCCUCUUUAUCGGACCUGAUCGGUUACUACAGCUAUGUUUCUUGCCUACUAAAAAAUGAGAAACUGUUAUCACCGGUGGCCCCUCCUGAGCCUGUGGAGGACAGAAGGCGAGUCAGGGCCAUACUUCCUUACACCAAAGUGCCAGAUACUGAUGAGAUCAGCUUCCUGAAAGGGGACAUGUUUAUUGUUCACAAUGAACUGGAGGAUGGCUGGAUGUGGGUAUCUAAUGUACGCACAGAGGAGCAAGGGCUCAUUGUGGAAGACCUGGUGGAAGAGGUGGGCCGGGAGGAGGAUCCACAUGAGGGAAAAGUCUGGUAUCAUGGAAAAAUCACCAAGAACGAGGCUUAUAACCUUCUCAUGACAGUUGGUCAGGUGUGCAGCUUUCUUGUGCGGCCAUCUGACAAUACACCCGGAGACUACUCCCUCUUUUUUCGUACCAAUGAGAAUAUCCAAAGGUUUAAAAUCUCCCCAACGCCUACCAAUCAAUACAUGAUGGGGGGGAGGUACUACAACAGUGUUGAUGACAUCAUUGACCAUUACAAGAAAGAACAAAUUGUUGAGGGGUACAAUCUAAAAGAACCAGUUUCAAUACAGCACCAGGAGCAAGUACUUACUGACACAGUGGAUGGGAGAGAAAUUUAUAACACUAUAAGACGAAAAACAAAAGAUGCUUUCUACAAAAACAUAGUCAAAAAAGGCUAUCUCCUGUUUAACAAAGGAAAAGGCAAAAGGUGGAAGAACCUUUACUUCAUCCUGGAGGGUAACGAUGCACAGCUCAUAUAUUUUGAAAGUGAGAAGAGAGCUACGAAACCCAAAGGGUUGAUUGAUCUAAGUGUGUGCUCAGUGUACUGUGUCCACGACAGUCUGUUUGGCAGGCCAAACUGUUUCCAGAUCGUUGUCCAGCACUUUAGUGAGGAACAGUACAUCUUCUAUUUUGCGGGAGAAACSCCAGAGCAGGCACAGGAUUGGAUGACAUGUCUUCAGACGUUCUGCAGUAACCUUAAAAAACCUACAGUACCCACUUCCAACAAGAGGCUUAGACAGGUGAGCAGUCUGAUGCUCUAUGUAGAGGAGGCCCACAAGCUGCCAAUCAAGUAUUUCACCAAUCCCUACUGUAAUAUCUACCUGAACAGUGUCCAGGUUGCUAAGACACACCCAAGAGAAGGACAAAAUCCUGUCUUCACUGAGGAGUUCAACUUUGAUGACUUAUCAAGUGAAAUAAACCGAUUUGAAAUCAGUCUGAGCAACAAAACAAAAAAGAGCAAAGAAAAUGACAUCUUGUUUAUGCGCUGCCAGCUACAUCGUUUGAUUAAGGGUCAGAUGAUUGAUGAGUGGUUCCCUCUGAGUUCCCACAUUCCUCUGAAGGGCAUCGAGCCAGGCUCCUUACGUGUACGUGCCCGAUACUCCAUGGAAAAGAUAAUGCCUGAAGAAGAGUACAGCGAAUUCAAAGAGAUGAUCUUGCAGAAAGACUUCCAUGUAAUCUUUGCUUUGGCCAAUGUCUGUGGUCAGGAUCGUACAUUACUAGCAAGCCUCCUUUUGAAAAUCUUUCGACAUGAGAAGGAUGAAGCGUUCCUGCUUAUGAAGCUCAACGAAAAGGAAAUUAAGAUGGAGGAUGAGGCCACAACAUUGUUCAGAGCAACCACCCUGGCCAGCACACUGAUGGAGCAGUACAUGAAGGCCACAGCCACACCCUUUGUCCACCAUGCACUCAAAGACACAAUCCUGAAGAUCAUGGAAAGCAAACAGUCCUGUGAGUUGAACCCUUCCAAACUGGAAAAGAACGAGGAUGUGGCCAUGAACUUAUCCCAUCUUCUCACCAUUCUGUCUGAGCUGGUGGAGAAGAUCUUCAUGGCUGCUGAGAUCCUCCCGGCGACAUUGAGGUACAUCUACGGGUGCCUGCAGAAGUCUGUGAAACAGAAGUGGCCAAACAACACCACCAUGCGGACGAGAGUUGUGAGUGGCUUUGUCUUUCUCAGACUGAUCUGCCCUGCCAUUCUCAACCCCAGAAUGUUCAACAUCAUUGCUGACCCCCCAUCUUCAACAGCAAGCCGUACCCUCACACUGGUGGCCAAGUCUGUCCAGAAUCUGGCCAACCUAGUUGAAUUUGGUGCUAAGGAACCCUACAUGGAGGGUGUCAACCCUUUCAUCAAAAGCAACAAACACCGGAUGAUUAUGUUUCUGGAUGAGUUAGGGAAUGUUCCUGAGCUCCCKAAAGACACAGAAAGCUUUACGACAGACCUAUCUCGGGACCUAGCUGCGCUGCACGAGGUCUGUGCAGCACAUUCGGCUGAACUCCGCACCCUGAGCAACGAGAAGGGUGCACAGCAGCAUGUGUUAAAAAAGCUGUUGGCCAUCACAGAGCUCCUCCAGCAGAAGCAGACUCAGUAUGCCAUGUCCAACAGCAACAGGACAGAGUGCACCAUCAUGUCACUGGCUGCUGCCAUCCAGGUAAUGUGAGUUUGGGGGAUUUUCACCUGCGAGUCUUUUAGAGCAGCCGGCCAGCCAAAGUGAGGCCUCGGUCCCUGAGGUGCAUAAACUGAAGACUAAAGAGUUUGUACUGUGAGCAUGUGGCCUAAUAUYCUGGAAGUAUACAUGCAAUAUGACUGUUCUUUAUUGAACUGGGAAAAAAAAACCCAACACUUGCUGCAUAUCUGAAUCCUGUUCCUCCAAAAAGCCCUUUCCAAAAUCUCUUACACCUACAGUGUCCUGAACUUUGACAUGGGAGACCUUGUUGACAUGGGAGACCUUGCAGUGAUUUUAUUCAAAGAGCUGAUCUACAUUCAGAUGUAUUGCAGAAAUGUCUGAACUUUGAUAUUUCUAUCGCUCCAUCUUAAGUCUGGAGUGGUUACGUUUGGUGGUUAACGUAAAAGAAACAAAACUGGCUUUCUGUUCAGCUUCUCCGAAAGACAAAAAGCAGAGACGAGACAUUACAGAGGAGGGAAUCCAAAGCAUUGAYGUAGCAUUUUCUGCUGUCAUCAGGGAAUUUAAACAUAGCACCUCUUUCCAAAACACAAGCCUUAACUUCCUUUUUACUCACCAUCUCACCCUAUGACGCCUGAUUCUUUUUUUUAAUAGCUCUCCUUCCAGAUCACUGCGAAUWCUUGUAUGGAUCUCCUUGCGGCAUGUAAUCCACUUAUUAAACUUUUUUUUAUAUGCUGCUUUUGUAUGAUGAAAUGAUAAUCUUCGGCUUGUAAAGAGAUGUUGGGUUUGCGUACGAUCUAGCAGAAAAGCAGAGUCCAGAAGUUACUGUAACCUGUCCUGUGCAUGUGUUCACCGUGAACRGAUCCUGCUAAGUGUGUGGGCCUACAUAUAUGCUGCUCUUAACAACCAUCACCUGAACUCCCUUUAUUGCCUUUUAGAUGUAAACAAAAAAAAAAAAAAAGAAGCUUUGAUACGUUGCAGUCUCGGAAUGCUCUGCCACCAUCACAGGUGGUGGUUUCCUCAGCAAAACCUCUUCACCGACUGUUCCCCCCACACACAGAUCUGCUCAGAAAAUUCAUGCCACGCACAGAUUUUCUUCACUUCAGAGUGGUUCRGGUGGGCCUAGCGCACCUCCUUUAAAGAUUUGGAGCAGCUGCAGAGUUUGAAUCUGUGCCUGUCAUAGCUCGGAAGUUUACCAAACUGUUUACUGUAGAUGCACUCAAAAAAGAUACCACGGACCUCACCGAGUGUUAAUAGACAACUGUGGAUGGAUGCGUAACAACCUAAUAAAUCUCAACAGCUAUACCUGUAUAAGAGAUGCUCCGUGGUAGUGUAGCGUUUCUGUAUUUCAUACAGCUGACAAUGAUGUAUUCCUUUUUAUUUUUCUACCUGAGACUGAACCUUGAACCUUUUGCAUCUUAGAUACCUGGCUGAAAUAAAACUGUUACUAUAUAACUAUGAA